ACUAGCUGUUGUGUUGGGACGUUCUCAUAGGGCUCAGAGACUUGAACAGGACUGCUAUAAUUGAAUGUGCAACUGAACUAUUCAACUAACGUUAACGUUAUAGUUCCAGCCAGCGAGUUCGCAAUUUUGGGUAUUAUUUCUGCAGCUGUAUUUGAGCCCCUAGUCUGUAGACAUGGCCAUGAAAGAGAUCUUUAAAACCUGUGAGGAGACUCCAGACCCAAUACCUACAAAAGUAACAGGCCAGAUUCCCAAGUGGCUGUCUGGGUCUCUGCUUAGGAACAGUCCUGGCAAGUUUGAACAGGGGGAUGAGAAGUACAGACACUGGUUCGAUGGCAUGGCUCUCAUCCACAAGUUCCACAUUCAGAAUGGAGAUGUGAGUUACCAGAGUAAGUUCCUGCGCAGUGAUGCAUACGUACAGGGACUGGAGCAGAAGAGGAUCGUCAUGUCAGAGUUCGGCACCACCGCCUACCCUGAUCCUUGCAAGAGCAUCUUCUCCAGGAUGUUCUCCUAUUUCACCCCUAUGUCCCGACCAAGGACUGACAACGGGAACGUUCAUUUGAUGCAGGUUGGGGAGGAGUACUACGCACACACUGAACUCCCCUACAUCCGCAAGGUGGACCCCAGAACCCUGGACUCUGGCAAAUUGAAGGUAGACUACCAGAAGUAUGUGGCAGUGAACGGGGCCACCGCACAUGCUCAAAUUGACGUGGAUGGAACUGUGUACAACAUGGGAACGACCUACGGCAAGGACGGGGGGUACAGCCUCAUCAAGAUCCCUCUUCCUGAUAAGGGUGAAGUGGAGAACCCCCUCCAGAAAGCCUCCAUCAUUGCCAAGAUCCCCCAGAAGUAUGGCGCCUUCCCAAACUACUUCCACAGUUUCGCCAUGACGGAGAACUACUUUGUCUUCGUGGAGCAGCCCUUUUUCCUGAACGUGUUGAAGAUCAUGGCGGGUCCCCUGUUUGGCAAAGGAGUGGACUGGGCCUUCCAGUUUCACAAGGAGAUCCCGACCCAGUUCCAUGUUAUAGAGAAGGCCACAGGGAAGGUCUGGACCACAAAGUACACAGCAGACGCCAUGAUGACAUUCCACCACAUCAACGCCUACGAAGACGACGGACACCUGGUCAUGGACCUGUGUGCCUUUGCCAAGAUGGACGCUGUCUUCCAGUUUUACCUGCACAACCUCCACACCUGGUCCAAAGAGGAGGCUGAUAAGAAACUUGGGGACACCGAUAACUACAUCGCUAGAUUUGUCCUCCCUCUGGAUGUUUCUCAGGACGGUCCUGAUGAUGAGAACCUAGUGAAACUGUCGGACACCCUGGCCUCGGCCAUCAGGAAGCAGGACUCCAUCUACUGUGUGCCAGAGAUCCUCACUGACGCCAACUUUGAUCUUCCCAGGGUUAACGAGAAAUACAAUGGGAGAAAGUACCGUUACAUCUACGCGGUAGACGUUUACCGUACGCCAUUCAGACUGGUGAAGGUGGAUGCCGAGACCAAAGAGAAUAAGUACUGGACUGAGGAGAACUGUUAUGCUGCAGAGCCUGUCUUUGUGGAGGCACCCAACCCAACCUCGGAGGAUGAUGGUGUGGUCCUGUCUGCUGUGGUGAGGGUGGGGAAGGGGAAGUCCACCUGUUUUCUGCUGGUCCUGGAUGGGAAGACCUUCACCGAGCUGGGGCGGGCAGAGCUGUCCCAACCCAACAAAGUCCCCAUGCAGACCCACGGCAUCUAUGUGGCCAACAUGUAGGCCGGUAGCAGUCAACUCCAGUCUGUGCUACACAAACUCCAGCAGUUUAGAGCCAUAAAAUCAACCCUUGCCUGCAUGAAAUUGUGUUGCUAAUGAUGCAAAACUUUGGGGAACCAUGAGGAGAAAUGAGAACCAAGCCUAGGAAUCUCUAUUGUUGACACUCUCCGUGUUGCCUAACAUCAUAGCCAAUAUAAAUAUGGUGACAAAAAAAAUACUUCAGUAGAGGGUAGGUUAAGAAACGAAAUUAAAUGAGCCAGAGUUGAUGGUUUCCAUAGUCUAUGGAUACUGUGAACGUUAAGGUAUCAGCCUGUUUGUUUGAAGGGCAGUGGUAAAUUGUAGGGACAGUGAUUUGUUGCAACAGAUGAUGUUAAAAAAGAAGUAUAUGAAAACCUUGAUAAGGAAAUAACCUUAUAGAGUAACUUUUAAUACUUAUAACUGUUAACGCUAGUUCACCUUUAUCCGUAGGUAUCCUAUAUCCGUUCUUUUUAAGAACAAUGUAUUUAGGUAUAUCAAGUCAACAGAUGAUGGUUUCAAACAGCAAUAUUUUGAAAAUAUUACAAUUUGAAACCUACUGUCCAUCAACUUUGAUAUCCCUGGAUACCCUGUUUAGCAACACAACGGAUAUAGGUUACCCCGCGGAUAAAGGUGAACUAACGUUACAAGUGAUGAAACAGAAUUAUGAUAAGAUGUAUGGUAUCUUAAGAUUAUUGUCUUCCAUCCUUUAUUAUUAUUUCUAAGUCUCUUUUCUUAAUUUAAAAAAUAGUCUUAUUGAAUACCAUUUGAACAUUUUUAAUGCAAAGUAAUAAGUUAUCAAGGCAAGAUAACACAUAAUAGACAAUUUUGCUUCUAUUGUAAAUUGCACUUUUAAAGAUAAAUUAUCUUUUAUAAUUCUACUUUAUCAUACACUGUUGCAGUGUUUUUCAGAGGAAAUUAGACUUUUGAACAGUUGAAGAAUUUUUGGAUAUUUCUGCCAUGACUGCCUAACUUUUGCCUAGAAAAAAUGCUCUGUUUCAGUACCUGACUGACCCUAGCUUUGGGGGGGGGGACUACUGACAAGGCUUUUGAAUUUUUUUAUACGAGUAAUGAAAAUGUUGUAAUAUCGUUUUCCAACAUAAUAUCCUCCUUUCUGUAGCAGUAGAAAAUAUCAUAUGCAGACCAAUAAAUAAAUAAAUAAAGACCCUACAAA